AUGCCACAGAAGAGCCAGACCUACAGCUACCCAAUUUCCAGAGCCAUGUCACCUCCAUCGGAUUUGUCUGAAACAAGUUCGUAUGGCGGAAGUCGCUCGUCUGGCGGUAGCUAUUCGGUGAGCUCGGGGCGAAGUUAUGCUCCCAGCCAACACAGCGACUAUGACUCUUAUAGCUCACACCACCACGGCGGCGUUGAUGUUGUCGAUAUGUUAAGCCAGAGAAUGAACGAUGCCUUUGAUCCCAUCACAAUGGAUCGUGCGCUGGUCUCUCAGGCACAAACAUCUGGGCAAUUGAAUGCCAAACAGCGCGAAUUGCAGGAAUUGCAAGCACUCGCGCAGAGAAGAUUGAAAACUGCCAGAGUGAACUUCGCUGAAGGUAUAGAAGCUACGCGAGAAACCAGACGAGAUAUUGAGUAUAUCGCAAAGAAAACCUCGUCGAUGAAAUCAAAGGCGGAGAAGAAACAUCCUGAAGCAUAUGCAAAAGCCAGCCGAAGCCGCCAUUGA